AUGGCCAACCCUGCUCAAGAGGAAGCUGACCGCUACCUCUCCGCCCGAGACGUUACCGUAACCCAUCCUGAAGAUCGUGACGACGUCUCAGACAGACUACAAGAAGAGAAGCCUCGCCAAAGGAACAUUCGGGAAUCUCGCCCACGUACAGAUUCUGACGACGAUCUUCUCGACGACGAAGACUCGAUCAAGAUGGCGACCAUGACCACCGCCCGCACGCAGGGCAACUAUACCCUGCCCAAUACCACACAUUUCGCCAAUACUGGUCCCAAGGGUGUCAUCGCCGAUGCACAGAACUUCCAUCGCGCAAAAAAGUCAUCCUUCCGGAACAGGCUCUCAACAUUUGCUGGCAACUUCGCCUCAUUCAAGCCUCCAUCCGGCAACGUUUUCGGUGGUAACAGCGAGAGCAAGAAAGAUGGAAAUUCAUCAGAUCACUCUGGCAAUGUGUCUGAGGAGGACUCUGAUACAGACUUCAUGGCCAAUUGGCGGGCGCAACGCAUGCAGGAACUCACGGUCCAAGGAUCUGGCUACAAUUCACAAGGUCGACGCGUCUCGCCCUCGAGGCGGACAUGGGGAUCGUUGACCGAAGUUGAUGCCAACGGCUACUUGGACGCUAUCGAGAAAGUGUCGUCUGAAGACAUCGUUGUCGUCAUGAUCUUUGAUCCCACAUCGGAGCGAUCAUUGUCAGUGGAGGACGAGCUCAACAUGUUGGCGUACAGGCACUCGAAGAUACGCUUCAUCAAGUUACACCACGAAAUUGCAGAGAUGGAGACUGUCCAGAUACCCGCGGUGCUGGCUUACAGAGAGGGCGAUGUCUUUGCUACGAUAUCAGGCGCACAAGCCCAGGACAUUGCAGAGGCUUUACGGACGAACCGUGUCAUAGUAUAA